AUGAUGGAGAAUGAAGAUGUUUUAUCGUCUUUGGUGAGCAAGUAUUAUGAAUCUGACAUGUUCAAAAUUAUGCUGAAGUCAACUAUCAAAGAGUGCAUGAAACCUCUCAAUGAAAAAGUAAAGGCGCUUGAAUCAAGACUGCGAGAUUUAGAAGAUAAAUUGAAAGUUCAGAAAGAACUAGAAAAAGCAGAACAAACGCCAACACCGAAAUCUCAAUUGGAAUUGAAUUUGGCAACUCAUCUUUUAAACACAAUUGACAUUUCCGAAUCAUUUAUUAUUUCUCCAGUGUCCAUUAUCCUUGCUAUUCAUCCAUUUUUCAAAUCUGCUACUCCGCAACUUCGAUUGAAAUGGGCGAAGCUGUUUUUGGAAGGAGGCACUCCAGAUGACAUGACUGAAUACUUUGUUGAUCUAUUGAGCGUUGUAAGAGCAUCAGUUUUGUGGUAUGAAAUUAAAAGAAUCGAUGGAAAGGAAAAUGACCCAACAAUACAACAUUUGUACAGAAACGAGGGAUACCAUGGAUUAGAGGAAAAUGUCUUCAAAGAUUUCCUAUCAACAAAACUGAAAUUUAUCGAAUUUGAAUCAGAUGAGAUGAUUGUCAAUUCGAUAAACUAUAAUCCAAUAUUCGAUGAAAUAAUUCAUAAAUUUUUCACAUCGAAACGAACUUUUUAUAGUACUGAAAGUUCUCCCCAAACUAUGGGUUUUAUGGAAUGGCGUGCACAUCAACAUCAUUUUUCGGAAGAUGAUACGUUUCAAAUGAUAGAAAUCCAGAUGAGACAACACAUUUCAUUGCACAUUUUUCUGCCGAAAAUUCGAUUUGGACUGAGAAACGCUUUGAAGAAUCUGAAGAAUGGAGAAAAACUUUAUCAGUUGAUCAGCACUGCCGAGAAGAAGUUGGUCAAUAUUGCGCUGCCAAGAUUCAAUAUAAAUAUGGAAACCGAUUUGGCGAGUUUUAUGAGAUCAAUAGGAAUCGAGAAAGAAUUAUAUGAUACUAUCUCAGAAAAAGUUUAUGGAAGUAUUCCAUCUUUUGUUCACAAAUCUCAAUUUGAGCUGACCUUCAAGAAACACAGCCUGGAAGAACUUCUAUACAAUGAUGACUAUGUUGACGAUACGGACUACACUGGACUAGUUCAUGAUAGUGCUCCUUAUUGCGUCUAUUUUCCUACGAAACUCGAGUUUCUAGCUGACCAUCCAUUCUUAUUCAUGCUUGUGAAGGAUUCUCAUGUGGUGUAUUUUGGUUGUUAUCAAUGA